CUCUGUGUGUGUGUGUCCGUGCGCAUCGGAUUUAGGAAACCAUUGAUGCAGAGACCUCAAUCCAUCUCUAACACCACUGAUCUACCUUAAGGUCUUUCCCACUUGUUCUACUCUUUACUUAAUUGUACAUUUUGAUUCUUGCUUUACAUUUAUCUAUGGCGGCGGAGUCUUCUAACCCUCGAACCGUCGAAGAGAUCUUUAAGGAUUUUAGCGGUCGUCGUUCCGGUAUUCUCCGAGCUCUCUCCGGAGAUGUUGACAAGUUCUACUCUUUAUGCGAUCCGGAGAUGGAGAAUCUGUGUUUGUACGGACAUCCGAAUGGGACAUGGGAAGUGAAUCUUCCAGCUGAGGAAGUGCCUCCGGAGCUACCUGAGCCAGCUCUUGGUAUCAAUUUCGCAAGAGAUGGUAUGCAGCGUAAAGAUUGGCUCUCUUUAGUUGCUGUCCACAGUGAUUGUUGGUUACUCUCUGUUUCUUCUUACUUCGGUGCUCGCCUUAAUCGCAAUGAGAGGAAACGUCUAUUUAGUUUGAUCAACGAUCUCCCAACUCUCUUUGAAGUAGUGACUGGUAGGAAGCCAACCAAAGAUAAUAAACCAAGCAUGGAUCUCGGAAGCAAAUCCAGAAACGGAGUUAAGAGAUCAAUUGAAGGGCAGACAAAGAGCACACCGAAAUUGAUGGAAGAGAGCUAUGAAGAUGAAGACGACGAGCAUGGAGACACACUCUGUGGAAGUUGUGGAGGAAACUACACAAACGACGAGUUCUGGAUAUGCUGUGAUGUGUGUGAACGUUGGUACCAUGGGAAGUGUGUGAAGAUAACACCAGCCAAAGCAGAUAACAUCAAGCAAUACAAAUGCCCAUCUUGCUGCACUAAGAAAGGAAGACAGUGAGAGAGUAUUCUCAAAGGGCGUUAUAAAAUUAGUAGUGAAAGAGGGAAAUAGUCAAAGAGACAUCAGCUGGUUAGAAAGCUUCCUCAUCUUUUGAUCAAAUAUGCCAUGUGUUUUGUAUAUGUAGUAUGACUCUGUUUUCAUCGUUUAUGUGUAAUCUCUUUUAGGCUAUAAAGAAAAAAUCAUAUAUGUAUGAUUGAUCAUCAUAAUCUCAUGGAUAAUUUUAACUAUGUGGUUUUACUGAAAUAAAAAAUAAAAAAUAA